ACAGCGGUGAGGACCGAUGCAGGGAGCUACAGAGGAGGUGUGAGGAGCUGGAGGUCCAGCUCAAGAAAAAGGAGGAAGAGAACACGGAGCUGCUCAGGGACCUGGAGCAGAAGAACGCUAUGAUUUCUGUCCUGGAAAACACCAUCAAAGAGAGGGAGAAGAAGUACCUGGAGGAGCUCAAGAUGAAGAGCCACAAGCUGGCUGUUCUGUCCGGGGAGCUGGAGCAGAGGGCGAGCACCAUCGCUUACCUGACGUCACAACUCCAUGCCACUAAGAAGAAGCUGUUGGCGGGCAGCUCCUCUGAGGCCAGCCCUAACGUCAGCCCCAUCACYUCAUACAGGCCCACGCCUCCAGCGGCUAAAGACAGGCAGCCCGAAACCCCACGGCGCCGCAUGAAAAAGAGCCUCUCCCAGCCUCUUCACCCCGAGCUCACCGAGGUGUACCGCCUCGGUCCGGACGGCAGGCGGCUGGUGCUGCGGGAAACGGUCGACGCCAUGCCCGACCCCACCCCUUUCCUCCAGGCGGGCAGGGAGUCCCCCGAACCUCAGAUGGUGCGCGAGCAGCCUGCCGUCAUCCCCCCCAUCGCCUCCCAUCGCUCCCCCGUCCCCCCACUGGGCGCCACGGCCAGUCCGCGUAACAGCCCCGCGCGAGACCGCCAGCACAGGGCUCACGUGGGCGUGGCACACCGCAUCCCACACGGCACCCUCCCUYUSGCCCCGCCUCAAGCAGAGCUGGAGACGCUGGCCGUGGAUCAGGUCAACGAGGAUAAGGUUAUCCAGAAGUGCUCGGAAGCAGACAGGACAGUUUAAUUCUUUAACGCUAACGUACACACACACACACACACACACACACACACACAUCGAGGGCCAGAUGCAUAAAGCAGUAGUUUUUAUCAGUACAGCUGUGUGUACAUACAAGGAAACUGGCAUACGCCUUCUUUUUGCCACAUUCAGAAAGCUGUGCAAAUAUAUACGGUUCUGGUUUUUUGUAAAUGUCUUUGAUUCUUUUGCCGUACGUACAACUGUUUCAUCCUCACCGGUAACGGCUCCAGACAGCCAUCUUAUUUCAUUUGCAUAAUAAAAUGAUGAAAUACUGGCUUAACGCUGGUGCAGUGAAGUGCAAUUUUUAAAUAACGUUCUGAAGGUCUCAUUAAUGUCUUCCAGCUAGAAGAGCUGCUGAAAUAAAUCACAACUGUAACGCUGUAGCUGCCAGCUUAGUUUUCUGUUCAUUUUCUCUUUGACAUGCAUCCUUCUCACUGCACAGUCCAGACACACAAACAAUGUUUGUGGUUUUCUUUGUUUAUGCAUCUGAUCCUCGUGCAAGRAGAGUAAGGAGUCUGACCCACUGUGUAACACUGCAGCAUAAGCAAAUAUCAUUUAGUCAUUUUCCAUCAGAUAUUUUUUUUUCCCUGAUCCUCCCUCCACAGGAAAAAGACGACUGCGCAGCAUGCCAAACGAUUCUUAAUUCUGUCCCAGUGAGACUUUGUAUUAUACACAUCGCAACUUCUUUGCUCAGACUUUCAGUUYGUUCUGUCGUUCGUGGAGUGAAGAUCAAGUUCUCAGCCAAAUAUCUGCAUCAGUGCCUGCUUCACCRGUCCAAUCAUACACGAGCUGUAGUCGUGGCUCUGAUAUCUUUAUACAUAUCUUCGUCCGCUUCUCAGCAACAGGCUGAAAGCACCAACAAAAAGGUAGAACAACGCGUCUGCAGCUGCGUAGGGUAGAAGUGAAACAAUUAAUCUAAUAUUCCUAGAAUGUCUUUCUGCUUGUGAUAUCUGUAUAAUCAUGUUAUUGUAGGUAGAAGCUGCGUAGUGUUCUUGAAAUCCGCAGGUCAUGGAGGUGAGGGGGGUAACAUGCGAACGUUUCCUUUUGCUGACAGAAGGAAGGCGCAGCAGUGGACACGUUCUAAUGCAAUACGAGCUGAGAGUAAUCAGCUGGCGUGUGUGUGUGCGAGUGAGGAGGAGUGUGUGUCUGAGAAACGGCGAGGGCCGCAGGGAGAAUUUAGCUUUGGCUGAAACAAUACCCGCUGAUGCUAAUUGUCACACGAGGACAUUUUUAUUAAAAACACUGCUUUAACAAGAUAUUUGUGAUAUGACUUAACUGUACUUUUAAAGGCUGUGAAUUUGUAAUCAGUUCUUUUUUUUCUAUUUAAUAUAGAAAAAUGUACAACAGGUCAAAUAUUCUCUGUAUUGCACUACCAACUUGAUGGUAAUUAAAUCUUCUAUUAGCCUGCUUUUCACAGUAAAAUCACUUGUCAUCAAUUACAAAUCGAUAUAAUAAAGUAAUGUUUUUUAAA